CCCUCCACUAUAAAUUUGUCUCCCUCAUCACUACUCUCCCUCUCUCUCUCUGCAUCUGUCGCUGGCUUUACCCCUCUCUGCUCGUACUGAAGCUCCCAGCCUGGCUCGCUUCUUUCAGGGGAAAAAGCUCUGAAUUCUCAGAAUCCCCAUUUAUGAACCCCUUCUUUCGUCCUUAUUCCUAGUUAACCCUUUUGCUUUACCUCUCUUUCUCCGCUAUCUACAUCUAUCAUCUUCCCUCUCCAUUAACUUGUCUGAUAUGUUGUUUUCUUCCGAGAAAAUGGCUUCUUGUGGUAAACCCUUAAGGGAUCAAAUGCUGACCGCCAAACAGCUCCGAAGGCCAUCCAAUAUGCUGCUUAAGGAUUAUCUCAGGGACGAUCUCAGUUCCUGCUCUUCCAGCGGCUUCAAAUCUCUUCCUCGCCGACAGUGCUGCGCCACCGUCCGAUUUGAUAUCCUCGAGAAAGAUCUCCACGCCGCACGGAAUCUACUCCUUCGACCGACUAUCAGCCACCGAAGUUCUUGCUCUUUCAAGGUCGCUUCCCCCACCAUAUCAGCCCUGCAUAGGGCUUCUCGGGCCGUCAUCAACGCCGCUAAAUUACUGCCAUUCCCCUCCAUAUCCGCGAUGGCAUCGUCGUCGUCGUCCUACAAAAAGAGUAACUCCAAGAAUGGUCUCCUGUGCAAAAGCUUGUCUCGGAAGAUGUUGAGCCGGAGCUUCUGGAGAAAAGCGAUCGAGGAUGAGGUGAGCGAGCCUCGACGGUGGAGAUCAUUUAGAGAGUUGCUAGAAGAGAAGGAGGAGCCGUCGGAUCAGCACACACAAAGCUCGAGCACGAUGAGCGUGACUUCGGGAAUUAGCAGUAGCACUAGCGGAAGUAGCAGCGGGAACAGUAACGGAAACAGUUGGAGGUCGAGCGAAUUCACUUGGGAGAUAUUACGGUCGUCGAGCGAUAAUUCGGACGUCGUCGGAGUUGUGAGCAGCGAGAAUACGACGAUGCACAAAACAGCGACCAAGACGGGUGAAGAUUCCACUGACGGCUGCACCUUGGAGAAAUUAAUGGAUUGGGCGAGGGAGGAGAAGGAACAACUGAGUCCUGUAUCGGUGCUGAAUUGUCCGUUUGGAGAUGAUGAAGAGGUCAACUCUCCUUUGGAUUCUACGAGCUGCUGUCGCUCGGAAGGUGGAAUUGUUGCAGGAAACAAAAACAAGCAUACGCAGAAGAGUCGACGUUUUGAUGACGUGGCUUCAUCACUGAAGCCGAUCGACCUAGAGAAACGAAUGGCAAUAUUAUCGUUAGAAGUACUUGAGGAUGAACUAACAGCUGUGCAGCGAAAUGAGAAGAGCAAGGGUGAGGAAAAAGCGUGGUUGCUGGUUAACGAGCUUGAAACUUCAAGGACUACGUGUAUGAUCAAUAGAGCAGAGAAGAAGCUCUUGUUGGAUUUGUUCAAUAACAUGGAAAACAAUGAGGAUGAAGAGAUGAAGGAAGGGGAAAUAUCAAAGGCAGCGAAGGAAUGGAUAAGUGGGGAACGGCAAGGAGUGAGUAAUAUGGGUUGGGAAGUUUGUGUGAGGGAGAUGGAUAGAUGUGAAAGAUGGACAAAUAUUUCAGAUGAAGGAGUGGGGAUGGAGUUGGAAUUCGAAGUUUUGAAGAGUUUGAUGAACGAGCUCGUACUUGAACUCACAUCGUGAUGAGAGAGUCUACACCUGAGCUUAAUUUCUUGCUUUCAUUAUUUAUUUUCAGAUUAGUGAUAGAAAUUGAAACGCCUUGUCCCCGUCCAGGGGAUUCAUAGUCUCAUAGAGGAUCAGUGAAGUUUUGGAAUAGUCAAUAUUAUUGGGAUUUUUGUUCAUCAGUUGAACAUCAUUUGAGGCUUUGAAUAAUGGCCAUCAUGAUUUGUGAUUUCUAAACCUCAUCCGGUUUAGUAUCCAGAAUCUAAACAUGAAAUCUGAGGUCAGCUCUAUUUUUUUUCA